AUGUAUCCACCUGAUGCUUCAUCAUCUCCAGAGAAUGGAGCGAAAGUGCUUCCUUUGGAAAUUAUUUGGAUCAUCAUCAAGGAGUUGUUAAUAGAUGGUUUGCCUAUCACGGUUUGCCACAAAAGCAAAGUAGAUCCAUCACCAAUACUGCCUAGCAUCCUUACACUCAACCACCACUUCCACAAGCUGGUCAUCAGGGCUACAUACCACACCAUUAUCCUAUCAUCAUUUCGCUUGUUCCGCCGAUUUUACCACGUUGCUUCGAAUUCACCACACCUCACAUGCCUCGUGCACAAUUUAUGGAUCGGCACGCCACACUUGAAUUCAUUUCCAGACUCCAAAAGAUGUUCACCCCCAACUCAGGUUAUGCUAGAAUUCAUCCUUUCGAAAACCCCUAGAUUACAAAGCCUCGCCCUUCCCGCCGUCUUUGCCCCCCAUAGAUUCGCGGAGCUAGGAAAUGGAAUCGAACAUAUCACCAUUGGCGGAGGGUCCAUCUCAAGUUUACCCUACAGCGUGAAAACGGUACAUAUCCAUGGUUCAAUCCAACCCUCGGUGGCUAGGUACUUGAAGCAGGGCAGUGUGAGAUGCGUUGUCUACGAUAUAGAGAGGCCGUCUGCACCCGGAGCAGUCGGUCAUAUAAUUCACGAACUAAUGGGCACUGAUGUCAGGAAAGAUGACAGCGGAUUCCGAUUAGAGUUUGUGAUACACCCGCGACUUUCAAACUGGAUAAACAACGAGCUAUCUCGUGUCGGAUUAGAUGGCUCGUCGUCAGAGGCGUUUAUGGUGCACAUCAAGGAUGCGACAUGUAUAGUGGCGAGUUUCGCAAGGCGCACUUACUGUGAUGAAUGGUUAGGAGCAAUAAAAGGUUCAGGACUAUAG